AUGUGCGGACGGUACAUGUAUCAUUUGAUUGUUGUCCAUGGCUCUCUUGCUCUUGCUCCGAGGAUCAGCGACGGCCAGACGGCUGCGUGCAUGUGUCGGUCGGUGGUUUGCAGCCGGGUUACGGGUGCUGUUGGCAGUGUCGAGAAGCGGAAACGCGCUGCGGUUUCCACAAGUAACGUGUAUGUGGACCGGGCAAAGGUUCUUCCUGGGCCGCGCUUUGAGUGGACGAAGAUACCGGUGGAUACGGGAGCCUGCGCACGAAGCUGGAUGGUAGAAGCUGGCGAAGGCGAUGACGGCGUGCAUGACGCGCCAGCUGCGCGUACAGGAAGAACUCCAAAGUGUGGCAACCCAGGAAAUGGCGCUGCGCUUAACGAUACCAUGUCAACGAUAUUUUGUCUCUCCAUUCUGAUGGGAGGUGACAGUGAUGGCACUCCCAUCAAGCCGGCGUUUGCGAAGGCACGAUCCAUUGAGGAAUCACCAUCUGGUGAUUCUGCUCGGGAUGAACGGUGUCAGAGAUGGAGAAGCGGGUUGCCUCUGUCCGAAACGACGCGUUUCGGUGCAAUAAUGAGGGUAAAAGCGGAGCUUCGAGGCCGCGAAGCUGGCGAAGAGGGGCGUGAUCGACGCGAUAAGUCCUUGGACAUCGCCAUCAAAGUAUGGAAGCGUGUCAGCAGGUCGACUCGCGCGGAACCACAGGCGCAUACAAGUAGCAGCGUGGAUUUGAUACGCAUUAUCCGAUUGCGCACGCUAGCUCGAAAGAUCCCAGGCCAGACCAACGCCAGGCUCGGCGCGGGAAUCGGACGCUGGCUGGUCUUCUCCCGCGUACUUAGUAGGCUGCUCGGUGGGGAUGUCACAAGUCGGUUUCGACUAUCGGCGCAGCUCUUCGAAGCUUGGGAUAGGGCCGAGACCAGUCAGACUCGAGCCAUAGUUCCGCAGAUAAUGCGUAAAGAAGAUAGAAUGUGGUGCACGUUCAGUCCUUCCGCUGUGUAUUGA